CUGGUAUUACCUCUCAAAUUUUCAAUAAUCUUCCUUUUCAUAGCAGCACGUGUAGACGCGGACGACUUGCUUAUCAUCUUAUAGAAUAAUUUCGCUUAGGUUCGGAUCAAGAUGCCUUCAGACGCGAAAAAGCGAGCACAACAGAAGAAGAAAGAGGCAGCCAGUAAUAGGAACAAAAAGAAUGUGACUCGGGUGACGACCGCCGAGGAGAACGGUACCGCGACGAACGGAACUGGAAAGGAGGAGACUCGGGAGCUCACGGCAGAAGAGGCGCUAUGUCUCAAGCUGGAAGAAGAGGCGCGCAUAAACUCGGAAGCUCGUUCCUGCACCGGCUCCCUGGCUGUCCACCCUCGCUCCCGUGACGUCAAGAUCGCGAACUUCUCCAUCACCUUCUACGGGUCCGAGCUGCUGCAGGACACGCUGCUCGAGCUUAACUGCGGACGACGGUACGGCCUCGUCGGCCUCAAUGGAUGCGGCAAAUCAUCCCUCCUCUCUGCUCUCGGUCGCCGCGAGGUGCCGAUUCCGGAACACAUCGACAUAUUCCACCUGACGCGAGAGAUGCCCGCCUCCGACAAGAGCGCGCUGGAGUGCGUCAUGGAGGUGGACGAGGAGCGCGUCAAGCUGGAGCGGCUGGCCGAGGAGCUGGCGCACUGCGAGGACGACGAGUCUCAAGACCAGUUGAUGGACGUGUAUGAGCGUCUGGACGAGUUGAGCGCGGACACGGCGCAGGCGCGCGCCGCCAACAUCCUCAACGGUCUCGGCUUCGACAAGGAGAUGCAACAGAAGGCCACUAAAGACUUCUCCGGAGGUUGGCGCAUGCGUAUAGCGUUAGCUCGCGCUCUGUACGUGAAGCCACACCUGCUACUGCUGGACGAGCCCACCAACCACCUGGACCUGGACGCGUGCGUGUGGCUCGAGGAGGAGCUCAAACACUACAAACGUAUCCUGGUGCUGAUAUCCCACUCUCAAGAUUUCCUGAACGGCGUCUGCACUAACAUAGUGCACAUGAGCAAGCGGCGGCUCAAGUACUACACCGGCAACUACGAGGCCUUCGUGCGGACUCGCAUGGAGCUGCUCGAGAACCAGAUGAAGCAGUACAACUGGGAGCAGGACCAGAUCGCGCACAUGAAGAACUACAUCGCCCGCUUCGGUCACGGUUCUGCCAAGCUCGCGCGUCAGGCGCAGUCCAAAGAGAAGACUCUAGCCAAGAUGGUGGCUCAGGGGCUCACAGAGAAGGUCAUCGAUGACAAGACGCUCAACUUCUACUUCCCGUCGUGCGGCAAGGUGCCGCCGCCCGUCAUCAUGGUUCAGAACGUGUCGUUCCGCUACAACGAGAACACGCCGUGGAUCUACAAGAACCUCGAGUUCGGCAUAGACCUGGACACGCGGCUGGCGCUGGUGGGCCCCAACGGCGCGGGCAAGUCCACGCUGCUCAAGCUGCUGUACGGAGAUCUGGUACCAUCAACGGGCAUGAUCCGCAAGAACUCCCACCUGCGCAUCGGGCGCUACCACCAGCACCUGCACGAACUGCUGGACCUGGACCUGUCGCCGCUCGACUACAUGAUGAAGGAGUUCCCGGACGUGCGCGAGCGCGAGGAGAUGAGGAAGAUCAUCGGGAGGUACGGCCUCACUGGCCGCCAGCAGGUGUGCCCCAUGCGUCAGCUGUCCGACGGGCAGCGGUGCCGAGUGGUAUUCGCGUGGCUCGCGUGGCAGACCCCCCACCUGCUGCUCAUGGACGAGCCCACCAAUCACUUGGACAUGGAGACGAUCGACGCGCUCGCGGACGCCGUCAACGACUUCGAGGGAGGCCUGGUGCUCGUCAGUCACGACUUCAGGCUCAUCAACCAGGUUGCCGAAGAGAUCUGGAUCUGCGAGAACACGACCUGCACCAAGUGGACGGGCGGCAUCCUCAAGUACAAGGACCACCUCAAGUCCAAGAUUCUCAAGGACAACGCCGCCAACGCGGCCAAGAUACGCAAAUAGUCCGCCGCUUAGCCUUACUCACACUCACGUACCGCGUAACGCCCGAGUACACCAGUCUCUGCUCUGCACCACUAACCUACGUGUGCUCUUUCACCUUUUCAACUAAA